UCAAAUGCAGUAUCGAUGAGAACAAACAUACAUACGUUAUACGUACAUACAUACACGCAUCACAUUUUUGUAGAAUCGGAUCGGGUCGGGUCGGGUCGAAAGCCAUCAUUACUGUAAACUUACACAACUAUACCUCUUGUCUUUGUGAAAAAUGGUAAAUGGGAAGAUGAACAUGGAAACACCAACAAAUGUUACAAUAAAAGGUAUUCUUGGUACUUUAAUGGCAAGUGUUGAUGAGAAGAAGAAGAAGAGGCUAAUCUCUUUAGGAAUGGGCGACCCGACCGCUUAUUCAUGCUUCACUACCAAUAUUGUUGUUCAAGAUUCCGUGGUUCAAACUCUUGAAUCCCAAAAAUUCAAUGGCUAUUCGCCUACUGUCGGCCUCCUCCAAACACGAACGGCAAUUGCUGAAUAUUUAUCCUUGAAUCUUCCAUACAAACUAUUAGAAGAUGAUGUGUAUAUAACAGCAGGCUGCACACAAGCUAUAGAAGUUGCAAUAUCAAUUCUAGCUAGACCGAACGCAAACAUAUUGGUUCCAAAACCGGGAUUCCCAAUUUACGAGCUUUGUGCAGCUUUUCGAAAUGUGGAAAUCCGACAUUUUGACCUUCUUCCAGAUAAAGGCUGGGAGGUUGACCUUGAAGCCGUUGACGCCUUAACUGAUCAAAAUACGGUUGCUAUUGUAAUAAUAAAUCCCGGGAAUCCUUGUGGCAAUGUCUAUAGUUAUCAACAUUUAAAAAAGAUUGCUGAAGCUGCAAAGAAGAACAAGAUUUUAGUUAUAGCAGAUGAGGUUUACGGGCAUUUAGCAUUCGGGGAAAACCCGUUUGUGCCUAUGGGUGUAUUUGGGUCCAUGGUUCCGGUUCUUACACUUGGUUCGUUGUCGAAAAGAUGGUUAGUGCCUGGUUGGAGGCUUGGGUGGUUUGUUACCACCGAUCCUAACGGCAUCUUCAAAAAUGCAAAGACUGUUGAGCGGAUAAAGAAGUACUUCGAUAUAUGUGGCGGCCCGGCAACCUUUAUACAGGCAGCUGUGCCUCGCAUCUUGGAGGAUACAAAAAAGGCGUUCUUCACAAGUAUGUUAUGCACACUGAAGCAGACUUGUGAUAUUUGUUUCGAGAAAAUUAACGAGAUCCCUUGUUUCACAUGCCCACAAAAACCUCAGGGAGCUAUGGCUGUUAUGGUGAAACUGAAUGUUUCUUUACUAAAAGAUAUUAGUGAUGAUAUUGACUUCUGUUUCAAGCUAGCCAAAGAAGAAUCUGUAAUCCUUCUUCCAGGUCUUACAGUGGGUCUAAAGAACUGGGUUCGGAUAACUUUUGCUGCAGAACCAUCUUCUCUUGAAGAAGCUCUUGAUAGAAUCAAAUAUUUCUACCAAAGGCAUUCCCAUCACCAAUGUAACUAGACAUCAUAUUCAGAUUUAAGUAUUUAACUGUUACACACAGUUUCACACAGCAUGUAAUUUGAUUGAUUAAUAUAGCCACUCAACGCACGCGCUCUUGGCUUCUAAAUAUGUAUUUUAUGUGCAUGAAAAGAAUAAAAUUAUGGCCC